UGGAAGAUUUUCUUGCUACCUGUGCCACCGCCUUCUCUCUCUCUCUCUCUCUCUCUCUCUCUUAGGUUUUACAGAGACAUAGAAAUAAGAAACCCUGAAACAGAGAUAAAACAAAACACAAGUUCUGAGUGUGUUUUUUCAGCUUCUCUCUCUUCUCUCUCUCAACCGCCUUGCCUUCAUUACACAAAACACCUCCCUCUCUCUCUCUCUCUCUCUCUCUUAUAAUCUCUCUCACCAUUUCUCCUCUUCUCUUCAGAAACUCAAAAAGAAGAACAAAAGAGUUUUGAGUUUGAAACUCUUUUUCUCUCUCUCUCUCUCUGUCUCUAAAAACAGAGUUUUCUCUGUGUAAAAAACACUCAAAUCUAAGAAGAAGUUAUGAAUAAACAAGAUGUUAUGAAACUUCAGACUUGUGUUCUGAAAGUGAACGUACACUGUGAAGGAUGUAAGCAUAAAGUGAAGAAACAGUUGCAGAAAAUUGAAGGCGUCUACUCUGUAAAAGCAGAUGUAGAGCAGGGAAGAGUGACUGUCACAGGGAACGUUGACCCAGCUCUUCUGGUAAAGAAGCUCAGCAAGUCAGGCAAACAUGCCGAGAUCUUAGGCGGUGGUGGAGGCGGGGGCGGGGGCGGAGGAGGAAAAGGGUUUCCUAAUAUGAAUGGGCAAUUUGCAAAUCUCAACAUGAAUGGGAACAGUAAGCCUAAAGGUGGAAAAGAGAGUAACCAAGUCAAGGGUAAAGCUGGUGGCGGUGGCGGAGGAGGAGGUCAGAUUCAUGGACAUGGCCAACCAAUGCAAUUGACUCCUCAACAGAUUCAACAAAUGAUGAUGAUGAAAGCUGCUGCUGCUGCUCAUGGCGGUGGUAAUGGUGGUGGUCAGAUGAAGAUGCCGCCGCCUAUGGCAGCUAAGGAUCAGAAGAAGUCAGUUAAGUUUGCGGAAGAAGAUGAUGAUGAGUUUAGUGAGGAUGACUAUGAUGAUGAGGAUUUCAGUGAAGAUGAUUAUGAUGAUGAUGAGUUCGAUGAUGAUGAAGAUGACCAUGACGAGAUGGGUCAUGGUCAUGGAGGAGGCGGAGGAGGUAAUCACAUGCCUCCUAACAAGAUGAUGAUGCCAAACAAGAUGCCUCAGAUGAAUGGUCAUCAUGGCGGUGGUGGUGGUGGACCGAAGGGGCCUAAUGAGAUAAUGAUGAUGAUGAAUGGGUUCAAAGGCGGAGGAGGGUUUGAGAUUCCGGUGCAAAUGAUGGGAAUGAGUGAGGGUAAAAAUGGAAAAGAUAGUAAAAGGGGAGGUAAAGGCGGAGGAGGAGAGAAGGGUAAGAAAGAAGGGAAAGAGAAUAAAGGAAAUGGGGGCAAAACCGGAAAAACAGAUGCCAAAAGUGGUGGUGGUGGCCUUCUAGGGUUUUUCAAAAAGGGUAAAAGCAGUAAAGGAGAUGAGAAGAAGGGAGCAGGGAAGAAAGAUGGGGGUGGGGGUAACAAGGUCAAAUCAUCUGGAGCAGGAGGAGUUCAACAUUAUGAUAAAGGGCCUAAAAAAGGAGGCGGCGGGUCCAAAGGAGGUGGCCAUGGGGGCCAUGAUAUUGAUGAGCUUAUGAAACACAGCAAAGGAGGAGGAGGUGGUGGAGGUAACAAGGGCAAUCAUAACCACGGUGCCAAAGGGAUUGGUGGCCCAAUGGGACAAGUUGGUCCGAUGGGUCCAGGUGGUCCGAUGGGUAUGAUGGGUCCUGGCGGUCCUAUGGGUAUGAUGGGUCCAAGUGGUCCGAUGGGACCACCAAUGGGACAAGGCGGAGCUUACCCGGCGGUUCAAGGCUUACCGAUGAGCGGAGGCGGAGGAUAUUAUCAGCAACCACCUCAAGCAAAUCAUCAAAUGAACCAGCAACAGUAUAUGCAAAUGAUGAUGAACCAACAACAACAACAACAGCAGCAGCAGCAAGCGGCAGCUCAUGGAGGCUAUGGAGGUGGUCACGGUGGUGACAUGUACCACCCAAUGAUGUAUGCUCGGCCUUACCCUGCAGUGAACUAUGCUCACCCGCCUCCAAUGCCGCCUCCUCACUCGGAUUCUUAUACUCAUAUGUUCAGCGAUGAGAAUCCUGGUGGUUGUAGUGUUAUGUGAUCUAUGUAAUGUUAAAUUAGAAUAUGGACAUGAAUGUUUGUCUUCUUAGUCUUAUGUUUUACUAGUUUUUUUGGUUGUCCUUAUCUUUUUUCUUUUUCUUUUGAGGAUUGGAAACAAAAUGUGCUUUAAUUUUGUUAGUGGGAAAUGAUGUUUAUAAUA